AUGUCUACAAAAGACUUCAGUGCGAUCCCAGUCCUCACAACGGACAACUACCUCGCAUGGUCACAAAAGAUAGAUCGAUAUUUCACACUCAACAACCUCGAUGACCUCGUCUACGGGCUUGAACUCAGCCCAGACUCGGCACCCAAAGACCCUUCCCCCGGUACGGAAGGCGAGGGGAGUGAGAGUUCAACCUCCUCCAAACAAUACGUCGCUGAUAAUGCUAACGAAUGGAAACGCCGCGCAAAACAGGCCUCCGCAGCCAUCACACUCACUAUCGAUGAGACCAACAUGAGCCAGAUCCGCAAACUCAAAGGGGAUCCGGUCUCAAUGUGGAAUAAACUCGAGUCUAUUCACAAUGCAAAGACAUCAGUGACCCGCUUCAACGCGCUUGAGGCAUUCUUCACCAAGACGAAGGCCGAAGGAGAGCCUCUGGCGUCGAUCACAGCCGCCACCAAUGCCCUCAAGGAACAAUUUAGAUCACUCUGGACGACAAAUUACGAUGUAGACGCACUACUAAACGACCUUGCUAUGAUGUCGAGCCUCCGCAUGAUCCCGCCUGAAUCGAUUCACGUCCGAACUUCGCUACUCUGCCAGCCAAAUCUCACCCGAGAUGUAAUAGAUGCAGCUCUCGUCAACGAGGACAAUCAGCAGCGCAGUAACUCGCAGCCAGCCAUCGCACUCCGGGCAGCCACUUCCCAGCCCACUGCUUAUCGCAGUACACCUCCCCACUCCUCACGAACAAAUUCUACGGCCGCUGAACGCACGCCAGGGGCCAUAUGUGAUCAUUGUGGCAAACGGAACCAUACAGCCGCUCAGUGCUGGUCGAAGGCUGAAGCGACUCGUCGCAAGCAAGAGGCCGCACGUGUUGCCAUCACUACAGACGGUUCAAAUACUGUACCAAAUGCCCAUGCCGCUCAUGCAAGUACCCCCUCCUUACCAUCUACGGCUAGAUCUGACCUGAACGCCGACGCAGGGGCUACUCGGACAAUCAUGAGUGACGAAAGUUACUUUACCAUGUUCCGCCCCUUGGUCAGGUCGAUCAAACUGGCCAUUGGUGAAAGGAUCUUCUCCACUAGAGAAGGGGACGUUGUGUUUCAGCCGUGGAUGGAUGUUCUCUCAAUGGCACGCAAAGAAGGAUAUGAUAUCCGCAUUAAUUCGAAGCAAAUGGAGUUCUACCUUGAUGGUAAACUCCAAAUGACAGCUCGUAUCGAUGACAACUGCGUUGCUUACCUCAAUGGACGAGUUCUCACGUCGGAGCAGGCACAUUUCGCGAGUACACUCAAGCUGGACCGAGAGCUUUGGCAUCGCCGCCUUGGUCACUAUCACCACGACGGAGUCGACACAUUAAUCCACCAUAACCUGGUCAACGGACUCAAGCUGGAGUAA